AUGAAUCAUAAUUUUUUAAAUCUUAAUCAUUGGAAGCUUAGAUUGUCAAAAAUAUUCCCUGAAAAAAUCUUUAGACCCGAACUAUUGUAUGAUACUCUUGUGAUUUAGGUAAGAUAAAUUAUUAUUUUUAGGAAGAGGAAUUCAUUUCCACUUGA